UCUAAUAUACAGAAGCGAUAUUGCUUGCAACAUGUGUAGGAUUAUUUUUAUUUUAAAUUUGUUUCCGAGUUUAAUACAUUUAGGAGUGCAGCAAGAUAUAAAUGAAUUGAAUCGAUUUACCAACGUUCCUCUAAAUCAAGUAAUACCAUCGGAGUUAUUAGAAAAUCUGCUUAGAUAUAAUGAAAAGAGCACAACUGUGAAAUCUAACGUAUGUGAAAAAAAUAAAAACACACAAUUUCGUGUAUGGAAUCGAGAACAAAAAUGGAAGGCAUUACUUAAUAAAAAGACAAAACCUAUUGAGUCUGCCAAUAAUAAUAUCAAAUUAAAUUAUUCUCAAUUACAAAAACUGACGUUUGUUAAUAACAGCAAUAAUCUGAAUACUGAUGAAUACAGUGAAAUGAGUGAAUUUCAAAAUGAUUCAAGUAUUAUGCUCCACGAUUUGACUAAUAAGGAAUCAAAACUUGAACUACAAGACGAAAAUUUUGAAUUUGAGAGACCACAAAACAAAUCGGAUACUAAAAAAGAAAAAGUAAACGACGAUUUACUACCGAUGACAAGAAAAGGUCAGCACACACAAACCCAUUUAGAUAAUAAAGCAGAUGCUGUUAAUAAACAAAUAUUAGUCACACAGGCACCUGAAUAUUUUUAUUCCAUAAGAAAAUCAACCUCUGAUAAAACAACGAAAGGUGACAUUGGAAAAUCAAUAAUUAACAAUGCGUAUAUUGUUAAUACUGAAGAUGACGAAAUUUCAUUCAGUUCGGAAUCAAAUGAAUCUAAUGCCAAUGACAAACGAAUUGACAGCGAAAAAACGGAAUUAAUUAGCGACAAAGAGCAACAUAAUGAAAGUGAAUCUAUUGAAGAUAACGAUAAAAAUGACUUAAAUAAAAUUAAAAAACAACUAGAGUUAAGGAAUGGUAUGAAAAUGACCGAUACAAGUGAUUCCUCUAUGCUAAUAAUGGAAAGUCAUCGAAUAUGUUAUGCUUGUGUGAGUUCUAGUGACCCAUCUUGUUUGAAACCCUACAGGCAAACAACAGUAAAAUAUUGUCAUAGAGAUAAUACGGCUUGCGUGGCUAAAAGUUACACUAUUGGACGUAAGUAA